AUGAUAUAUAUCAUAACUCAUGUAUCCAUUUCAAAUGCAUAUCCCAUUUUUGCACAAAAGGGCUAUGAAAAUCCACAAGAAGUGACUGGACGUAUUGUAUGCGCCAAUUGCCAUUUAGCUAAUAAACCGGUGGAUAUUGAGGUUCCGCAAACAGUACUUCCCGAUACUGUAUUUGAAGUAGUUGUUCGAAUUCCUUCUGAUAUGCAACUGAAAGAAGUUCUUGCUAAUGGCCCUGUUCCUGGUCAGAAAUAUAGUGAAAUCACGUUUCCUAUUCUUUCGCCGGACCCCGCUGCUAAGAAAAACAUUCACUUCUUAAAAUAUCAUAUAUACGUAGGCGGAAACAGGGGAAGGGGCCAGAUUUAUCCUGACAGGAGCAAGAGUAUCAAUACAGUUUAUAAUGCUACAGCAUCCGGUAUAGUAAGAAAAAUCCUACGAAAAGAAAAGGGGGGAUACGAAAUUACCAUAGCGGAUGCAUCGGAUGGACGUUAA